AUGGAAACGGAUUUACUGGAUGAACACGAUCUUCUCCGAAAUAACCGUCGUCUUGUGACGGAAGAGGAGAGGGAAGAGAGACGGCGGACUUGGUGGCUGGUGUAUGCCGUGGACCGUCACCUAGCUCUUUGUUAUAAUAGGCCUUUGUUUCUGCUCGACAUAGAGUGCGAGGGACUUCUGCAACCACUGAAUGAUGCAGCCUGGCAGAGUGGUGACUUUGAGAACUAUCCGGCCGACUCGAAAAUACUGAGAAUCUUUGCCGAGGAGGAAGAAACUCUUUGCGGGCCUCAGUUUCAGUGCAGGGGAUACAGCAUCUUUGGCUACUUUCUUCCUCUGAUGACUAUUCUCGGAGAGAUCGUUGAUCUGCACCAUGCACGAAACCACCCCCGAUUAGGCUCCGCAUUUAGGGUCUCUCAAGAAUGGAGCAACCGAGUAUCUGAGGUGAGACGGCACCUCGAGGCCUACCAAGAGUCUCUCAGACGAUUCGAGGGACGAAACUCAUUGAACCAAGAGACACACGUCCACGUAGAUGAGAACAGAAUACUGGAAAGCCACAACAACAAAACGCAGAGGGCUCUCCAAUCGAACAGCAGCCCGUCCUCCCAGUCCGUGCUUACAACGGCCUCGAUUGGGGUGACCAAAGCAGAACUCCAUAAAGGAACUGUACUUGCAUAUGGGACUCACAUCAUGAACGUCUUAUACGUUCUGUUGGAAGGAAAAUGGGAUCCGAUCAGCCUCUUGGACGAUGAUGACCAAUGGACUUCGUCCGCAGAUUUUGUGGCUGCUUCCGGACAUGCUGUAGCUGCAGCAGAGGCUAUCAGCCAAAUUCUCCAACACGACCCAGGACUGGAGUUUAUGCCAUUCUUCUUCGACAUAUACCUCCUACAGGGCUCCUUUUUGCUGCUUCUGAUAGCGGAUAAAUUGCAAGUCGACGCCGCGCCAAACAUAGAGCGGGCUUGCGAGACCAUUGUGCGGGCACACGAAGCAUGCGGUGUAACGCUGCGCACAGAAUACCAGGUAAAGAAUUUCUCCCCAUAA